AUGGCCGCCUCACUGGCGGAGCCACAACCCUUCACCGUAUCCGUUCCGGACGCUGAUCUUGCGCUCUUGCGCCAGAAAUUGGAUCUGACACGCUUUCCGGACGAGCUGGACGACGCCGCGUGGACCUACGGUGUGCCGCUUGCGAAUGUGAAGAGACUCGUUGCGAGGUGGAAACACGGGUAUGACUGGCGCGCUGCGGAGGCUAGCAUCAACGAGAUCCCCCAGUUCACGCGUGAUGUCGAAGUGGAGGGCUUUGGCACAUUGAACGUGCACUACGUCCAUCAGAAGAGCGAAGUGAAGAAUGCGAUUCCCCUACUGUUCUCGCACGGAUGGCCCGGUCACUUCCUCGAGGUCCAGAAGCUGCUCCCGCUGUUGACCUCCGCGUCACCAGAUCACCCCGGCUUUCACGUCGUUGCCCCUAGUCUGCCGAACUUUGGCUUCUCUGAGGGUGUGAAGAAACAGGGAUUCGCGAUUGUUCAGUAUGCUGAGACGUGUCACAAGCUCAUGCUUGCUCUGGGCUACUCUGAAUACGUGGUGCAGGGAGGAGACUGGGGCUCACAAGUCAUCAGAACCAUGGCAGCCAAUUAUGGCGUUAAAGCCGUGAAGGCAUGGCAUACAAACGAUACUUCUUCGAUCGGCCCACCAUCGUUCUCGCGCUUCCCUCGGCUCUGGCUUCAGCAUCUGCUCACACCCUAUACCGAGGCCGAACGUGCACGCAUCAAGCGCAAUGAGUUGUUCAUGCAGAAAGGACGGGGCUACAGCACCGAACAGGGUACGCAGCCGCAGACCCUCGGGUACUCCCUCGCGGACUCGCCUGCAGGUUUGCUCGCGUGGAUGUACGAGAAGCUCGUGCUCUGGUCGGAUGACUAUCCUUGGGAGGACGACGAGGUCCUGACGUGGAUCUCGAUUUACUGGUUCUCUCGAGCGGGCCCUGCCGCCUCUGCAAGGAUAUACUAUGAACAAGCGAAAGUGGUGGAGAAUCCAAACCAUAGCGCCCCGUGGUGUGCUGUUCCAGGAGGAAUAUCCUUCUUCCCCAAGGAGCUCCUUCGUCCACCUAAGACCUGGGCGCGUACAAUGGGCAACAUCGUGUUGGAGGUUGAACAUGGGAGCGGAGGACAUUUUGCUGCGUAUGAGAAGCCCCAUGAACUUGCGGCAGAUCUACGCGCGCUGUUUGGCAAAGGCGGCCCUGCGUUCGGCGUGGUGCCCGGUAAGGUUGGCUACGACUGA